AUGUCUGCGGUAAUUGCCAGCGUGGCCUACCAGCUGCUCAAAAGAGACGAUGACGAGACCGACGGCGAAGGUCCCGAUACCUCCCAACGGGAAAUCUUCUCAUCAUGGGCCCUCUUCAUCAUGAUCAUGCUGCUCAUAACAGCCCUUUUUACGAGUUAUAUGCUGCAACAAAAGAAAAUCGAAGCCGUACAUGAAACGGUUAUAUCCAUCUUUGCUGGAAUGACAGUAGGCCUCAUCCUUCGUGUCAGUAACGGCGAUUCUAUUCAAAAUCUGGUCAGCUUCGAUUACCAGAUCUUCUUCAAUCUCCUCCUGCCACCUAUCAUUCUGGCAUCGGGCUACGAAUUGCACCAAGCGAAUUUCUUUCGGAAUAUAGGUACGAUCCUUACAUUCGCAUUCGCUGGGACCUUCAUAUCGGCCAUUGUGCUUGGAGUGUUACUAUGGGUCUACACACGAAUUCCCCUUGACGGACUUAAUAUGACGUUUGUCGAAGCCAUCUCAAUUGGCGCAACAUUAUCUGCUACGGAUCCUGUUACGAUUCUGGCUAUUUUUAAUACAUACAAAGUCGACCCGAAAUUAUACACCAUCAUUUUCGGUGAGUCGAUUCUCAACGACGCCGUGGCGAUUGUGUUGUUCGAAACGGCGCAAAGAUAUAAGGAAGGUGGGGCUGCUGGUACACUGGGCUUCGUCAGUCUUCUUGAAGGUAUCGGUAUCUUCUUGGCCGUGUUCUUCGGAAGCUUGAUUAUCGGUGUGAUGAUUGGAAUUGGGACGGCGCUCAUGUUGAAGUUUACUCUCGUCAGAAGGUUUCCAAAAAUCGAGAGUUGUUUGAUUGUGUUGAUUGCAUAUGCUAGCUACUUUUUCUCAAAUGGGCUACAUAUGUCUGGAAUCGUCACGCUCUUGUUUUGUGGAAUCACGCUCAAACAUUAUGCUUACUACAACAUGUCUCGACGGACUCAGCUCACUACCAAGUACCUAUUCCAAGUCCUCGCUCAAUUGUCGGAAAAUUUCAUCUUCAUCUACCUUGGACUUUCUCUUUUUACGGAAACGAAACUGGAGUUUAAGCCUUUAUUCAUUAUUGUAACGGUCGUGGGGAUUUGUGUAGCUCGAUAUGCUGCAGUAUUUCCACUUUCAGCCGCGAUAAACUGGUUCAUUAGAUACCGCGCCAAGCGCAGGGGCAAGGAGGUUCCGGACGAGUUGCCUUAUAGCUAUCAAGCUAUGUUGUUUUGGGCUGGACUUCGUGGAGCUGUGGGUGUAGCAUUGGCGGCAGGAAUGACUGGCCCUAACUCUUGGGCCUUAAAAGCAACCGUAUUGGUUGUUGUAGUAUUAACAGUUAUCAUUUUUGGAGGAACCACAGCACGCAUGCUCGAAAUCAUGGGCAUUAGAACAGGGGUCGUCGAAGAAAUCGACAGCGACGAUGAGUUCGAUAUCGAAUCUCACCCAGGAGGAUCCUACUACAAGAGCUCCGGCAACGGCAUAGGUCACGCACCAAAACGCAGCUCCAUCGGCCUCCAAGGCCUAAACGGCAACAACCAUAGACCAGAACGCGGCAGUUUCGUCAGCGGAAACUCAAGCCCCCAUGCCCGACCAUCCAGUCUCAGUCGCACCGGCUCUCAAAGCCGCAAAGCGGCACGUGAGAAUGAAGACCUUCUUCACGCCGGAGGAGACGAUUCGGAUAUGGAAAGCGAUACCUCUGACCUCCCUCCGGCGGUCAAGAGAUCUCCCAGCGGCCGCACCCCUAGCAGCACCUCGGACGAUUCCACGCCGUACCCGACAUCUGGAAGUGCGAGAGCGGAUGCGGGACCCCAGAUCUCGGCCGCGGGCGCUAUUAAUUCGCUCUUGCAUGGCACGGCGGAGGAUCAGGCGGCGUGGUUUAGACAGCUGGAUGAAGGGUUUAUCAAACCGAAACUUUUGCUGGAUAGUGGGAAGGGUCCUGGUGGUAGUGGUGGGGGGCCUAGUUGA